ACGUAAAACAAAGUCCAAUGGACGUAAAAAUGAAAUCUAAUUCAUCAACUCUCGUGAAUUUACAUGAAAUGGACGCAAAAACAAAUCAAAAAUAUUGCGGAACCAAUCAAUGUAAAUUUCUAUUUGCUUACCAUGUACCGGAGCAGGAAACUUCGGCGAAUGCUCAUUUUUAUACAUUCAUACAAUUAGCGAAAAUGCUAAACCGUACGAUC